AGAAGUUUCUCGUGUUCUGUUUGUGUUCAGUAGCAACUGGCUAGGCUAAGCUAACCGGGUUGGCAGCUGCCCGCAGAGAUGUUCGGCUGUUUGGUGGCCGGAAUGGGAGGAGCCGUGUACUUCUCCUUCCCGGACCCGGGCAGCGGCGCUCCUGUGUGGCAGUUGCUCGGCUUCAUCACCAACGACAAGCCCAGCGCAAUCUUCAAGAUCUCCGGCCUGAAGGGUGGGGAGGGUGGAGCGCACCCUUUCGGCUUGAUGGCCUCCGUGUCGCCAUCCGUGGCCCAGGUCGGCGUGUCUGUUGAAGCUCUGGACCAGCUGGCUCAGCAGAUCCCAGUGUCCAGCGCCGCGGUAUCCACUGUGGACACGUUCAUGCAGUUCACCCAGAAAAUGCUGGACAGCCUCUACAACUUCGCCUCCUCGUUCGCUCUGUCCCAGGCGCAGAUGACGCCGAACCCCACGGAGACCUUCAUCCCCUCCAGCUGCAUUCUCAAAUGGUAUGAGAACUUCCAGAGGAGGAUGGCGCAGAACCCGAACUUCUGGAAAAGCUGAAUAAUCAAACCAGAACCUGGUGCAACCUAAGCCACAGUGCCUAUCACAGUCUUCUGCCGUCAGACCGGACACUCUUGUGUCCCACAGUGGACAUGUCAGGCUCUUUUGUGACUGUCUCAGUCUAGACUGAAGCCAGAGGAAACUUAGAGUUCCUGACUGUCUGAACACCUUUCAUCCUGUCCUCACGAACUUGUUCACAUUCAGUCCACUGAUUGACCAACACAAGUGAUUUCUAAAUAAAACCUGAUCUGCCCUAAAACUCACCAUGUAUUCAGUUCAUCCUAUGAGAGGGAAGUCUCCCGUUACUGACCUCCUCAUAGCUAAAGUAAUGUUAUAGCUUUUUGAAUUUGAAAUUUACUGUCUAGUAUACUGUCACAGCCACAAAAGGAUAUUGCUAAAGAAAACUGGAUGUUCAGAGUGCUGUAUCCAAGCAGCUUAACAGAAAGUAAAGUGGAUGGAUAAUGUGUGCCAGAAGAUGUGCACAAGCAACAUGGAUAACAGCCCACUCAAACAUUAAAAAAAUGCAUUCAGACUCACAAGGGGUUUGAAGCUGGAUUCAGUACAUAAAGCCUGGGCAGCCUAUGCUGAUGUCUGUAAUGGUGAUUGAUGUCUUGCAAUAAUUUCCAAAUGUGUCUGUUGCCAGGCACCGGAGAACACCUUGACGACUCCAGUGAGCUCCACGACCUUAAUAGGUCAGUUUUUUGUUUUUUUUGCAGCACAGCCAUGGAGUGAGGCUCCAGGACCAUGUAACCACAAAAUACUUGUCAUGAAGUGUCAUUCGGUAACUGCAUUGCUUUCAGAGCAAUGCAAAGUUGCUCUAAAAGUUGCUUUGAAAGUCCAUUAAAAGGGCCAACUUUGCAUUAAAAAGUGUCAUUAUUUACUGAAUGACACUUCCUGACAACAGUCAUAAACAUUCAUAAAGACUAUUUCAUGUUCAUGACAGAUGUUAUGUCAUGUUCAUGUCAGUGUAAUGUCAGUCUUAUGCACACUCUGUCAAAUAAAGUGCUACCGAAAAAAAUCA